CGUCAUCUGGUGACGUAAAAAGGAAGCGACCGAAAACGAACACCGUUAGAGCGAAGUACAUGCGUCGUUGGUACAUUUCAAUCUUAUCACUAAAUACUUCAAUUAAAAACAAAAUGAGCGUGUCGAUGCCCCAGAAGCGAUAUUACAGGCAGCGAGCCCACUCGAAUCCAAUGGCAGACCACACGUUUGAAUACCCUGUCUGUCCAGAGGACAUGGACUGGUCCCAGCUGUACCCGGAGUUCUUCAGCGACCACCAGUCGACCCAAAAGGCUGCACAAGUGGAGUUUGCAGACAUCGGCUGUGGAUAUGGGGGACUUCUAGUGGAGUUAUCCCCGCUCUUUCCAAAGCAACUGAUUCUGGGCCUGGAGAUCCGUGUCAAAGUGUCUGAUUAUGUCCAGGACCGUAUCCGCUCCCUGCGUGCAGCAGAGACGGGCAGCUACCAGAACAUCGCCUGCUUACGGAGCAACGCCAUGAAGUACCUGCCCAACUUCUUCUCCAAGGGACAGCUCAGUAAGAUGUUCUUCCUGUUUCCUGACCCGCACUUCAAGAAGACCAAGCACAAGUGGAGGAUCAUCAGUCCCACUCUGUUGGCCGAGUACGCCUACACACUGAGAGUAGGGGGUCUGGUGUACACCAACACAGACGUGGAGGAGGUGCAUCUCUGGAUGGUAAAACACUUCAGUGAGCAUCUGCUGUUCACACGGGUCCCCGAUGCAGAACUGGUUGAUGAUGUCAUCAUCAGUCGCUUGGGAACAUGCACAGAGGAGGGGAAGAAGGUGCAGAGGAAUGGAGGGAAGAACUACCUGGCAGUUUUCCGGAGGGUAGAAGACCAAAACUGAAACCCCAGUAUUAGACAUCUCAGAUGGUUAAACUGAAAAUGUUUCCUUGCUGAUAGGAGUACCAGCUCUUCCCAUGCAAGGACAGAAAAAUGGAUGACCAAAAUGACUGCUAGCAAAGAUUGUCUAUAAUAUUGGCAAGAUAGUCAAGUGACCCCUCUAACAAUGGAAAUACAUGUCCUCAAAGAUGGAAGGCAGGCCGGAGGAGGCGAGAUGAGGUGGGACCAUUCGAGGCAAUGAGAGAGCAGAUAUGAGAGAGCAGAUAUGUGUGUGAACAACAUGCCAUAGAGAUAUAAGACUUGUCUUUGUAUCUAUGCCAUAAUAGCGUCUGUGACAGCUUGGGCAUCUCCAUCUUUAAAGUAGUCCAUUUUUAUCUUCUUCAUUGGCUGAUUGCUCCCAACUAAUAGGAAUCCCCACCCAGUUGACUACUACUUUAAAAUGGUGUAAGCCCUCAAUUGCAAUUUCCAUGCUAAAAAUGGUUAUAUCCAUGAUGAGUCCUCUAUCACUGACAACAGGCUGAAAUGUUGCCGAAAUGCCAUGUCCACUUGUAUCCGUUUAUUCGUAACAACCAAAACAAUUACGAAACUUCUAUUAGAUAAAAUAAGCCAUACGUAGCAAAUAAUCAAUAAAAAAAAGUGUUUACCAAAUUCGACACUCAUUGACCUUCAUACAAAGAUUCCUAACUUGGUGGGCUUAUUUUCAUGGCUGGAUUUUGGGCUGAAUAAAACCUCUCACUUUGCCUCUUCCUCUCUACUGCUAGGUUUUCUCCAGGGGUAAAACUGGGCUUGUUCAUCCCGAUUGGUGGACAGUAAUAUGAAUGUGUGGUCAUUGGUCAAGGGUUUAAAUGGCCAAACUGAAGCAUCCACCAUGACCUUUUGAUUCUCCAUUUUAUGUAUUGUUUUUUUGACUUAUGCAAGAAGAUCAACACUUUAGCCAUUAUUUAUACUCAAACCCUGUUACUAAUUAGACUGCUCACAAAGGUGUGCUAAAUUGGAGAUUCAUCUGCAAUGAAGCUUUGUAUUGAUUCAUUAUACUUUUAUGACAGGCAUGAAUAAAUAUUUAUUUUUCUCAUGCCACUUUUUUCCCCCACCUUUUUAAUUGUGGGAUGCAAUCACUUGUUCCGACCAUCUGCCAAACGUUGACUGCUAUUUUGGGGUUUUGGUUGAGCCUCCAAGGCUUUUUCUGUUCCAACUUGACAAGGGAAGUGUUGGUUUUGGCUUAGAGCCACUAGUGUUGGAGACUUCACCCUAAAUAAAAUGAGAGAAACAUUGAAGUGUAACAGUCAUAGUUUGAGGGACACCAGGAAAGGCUUCAGCUAAAACGUAGAGGCUUCUUCAUUAUCUGAAAAAUCUGGAAGCUUUGCCAAAUAAUGUUAAUUGCAAUUAUUUAAUGCAAAAGUGCAUUGACUUCUUUCUGCAUGUUACAAUGGAUGACACAGCUAAUGGUAUCCCAAAUGUUUUGCAGACAGUAAAGUUUAUUGAAUGAUG